GGAAAGGAAGAUGCUGCAAAUAAUUUUGCCAGAGGGCAUUAUACAGUUGGGAAGGAGAUUGUCGAUCUAUGCCUUGAUCGAGUAAGGAAAUUGGCUGACAAUUGCACGGGUUUGCAAGGAUUUUUGGUGUUUAAUGCUGUUGGUGGUGGUACUGGUUCUGGAUUGGGGUCAUUGUUGCUGGAACGUCUAUCUGUGGAUUAUGGAAAAAAGUCUAAGCUUGGAUUUACUAUAUAUCCUUCUCCCCAGGUAUCUACUGCUGUUGUUGAGCCUUAUAACAGUGUUCUUUCAACCCAUUCCCUUCUUGAACACACCGAUGUUGUUGUCAUGUUGGACAAUGAAGCCAUUUAUGAUAUCUGUAGGAGAUCCCUAGACAUUGAGAGGCCUACAUAUACCAAUUUGAAUCGACUGAUCUCUCAAAUCAUAUCAUCCUUGACCACUUCAUUACGGUUUGAUGGAGCCAUUAAUGUGGAUAUUACUGAGUUCCAGACAAACCUGGUACCAUAUCCUCGCAUCCACUUUAUGCUUUCAUCCUAUGCCCCUGUAAUCUCAGCAGAAAAGGCAUUCCAUGAACAGCUAUCUGUCCCUGAGAUAACAAAUGCAGUUUUUGAGCCCUCAAGUAUGAUGGCUAAGUGUGAUCCAAGGCAUGGAAAAUAUAUGGCUUGCUGCCUCAUGUACCGCGGAGAUGUUGUUCCCAAGGAUGUCAAUGCUGCUGUGGCUACUAUUAAAACGAAGAGGACUGUUCAGUUUGUUGACUGGUGCCCAACUGGCUUCAAAUGUGGAAUCAACUACCAGCCUCCAACAGUAGUACCUGGGGGUGAUCUGGCCAAGGUGCAACGAGCUGUCUGCAUGAUCAGUAACAAUACUGCUGUUGCAGAGGUGUUCUCGCGCAUUGACCACAAAUUUGAUCUCAUGUAUGCUAAGAGGGCAUUUGUCCACUGGUAUGUUGGUGAAGGUAUGGAAGAGGGGGAGUUCUCUGAAGCCCGUGAAGAUUUAGCUGCGCUUGAAAAGGAUUACGAGGAAGUGGGUGCUGAAGGAGUUGAUGACGAGGAAGACGGUGAUGAAUAUUGAUUUAGACCAACAUCUUUGAAGACAGGGUUCAGAGUGUCGGCCUAGUGCCUUGCAUGUGUUUUUGUUGUAGUUUGCUGUCUUGUAUAACUUCUCAUAUCAUAUCAGUUGUCUACAUUGUAUUUUGCCAUUCCUUUGCAUUCAUGUCCAAAUAUUUUUACUAUGCUGAACAGCGAUUGUUCAUAUGAUCGUAUGAUCUCUCCAUUCUGAUCCUUUAUCAAGUAAUUUGUAGAUGUUCAACAAAGAUAUGAGAUUCUUGAUGCA